AAAGAAAGAGACUGGUGUCUCCUCUUAACUACGCAUAUCCUCUUAACUACGCAUACGGGGAGAGAAAUAGUUUCUAUUCCCUUUUCUCAUCGGUUGUCCAACCAAACACAGCCUUAAAUGGAAAAAGCAUGACCGGGGGCAAGAGCCAUUUUGCAUAUAACUCUAUUGCUCCGGCUGGCCAUCGAUUCUACUGCCCUCUCCCGCCAUCUCCGCCGUAGAAAAACGGUCAGUGAAGGAUCAAAUGACUUCGAACAAAGAAAGUGGCGAGAUAUUGGAUACUUCCUCAUCCCCAAGAAACAUAUAUAAAGAUCCAGAUGAUGGGCGGCAAAGGUUUUUGCUUGAAUUGGAAUUUGUGCAGUGUCUUGCUAAUCCCACCUACAUCCAUUAUCUAGCUCAGAACCGUUAUUUUGAAGAUGAGGCUUUCAUUGGCUACUUGAAAUACCUUCAAUAUUGGCAGCGACCGGAGUACAUAAAAUUUAUCAUGUAUCCACAUUGCCUAUUCUUUCUUGGACUUCUUCAAAAUGUGAACUUCCGCAAUGCAAUGGCACAUCCAGGGAACAAGGAAUUGGCACAUAGGCAACAAUUCUAUUUCUGGAAGAACUAUAGAAACAACAGGUUGAAGCAUAUUUUACCGAGGCCCCUUCCUGAGGCUGCUGCUGCACCCCCAGCUUCAGUUCCACCUGCACCACCCAUGCCACCUGCUACAAUUGCUGUCACUGCUACUCCUGCCACUGUGGCCACCCCUGCUUCUGCUCCAGUCAUUCCUCCCAUGCAAUUUGCCAUUCCUGCUGGAUCAACACUAGCAAAGAAUGACAUGAGGAGUAGUAGUAUUGAUCGAAGAAAGAGAAAGAAAGAAGUAUGAUACCACCUUUCAUCUAUGAAAGAAGUAAUAUAUGUAAUACAUGACCAGAGGUAUUGUCUAUAUUCCAUUGCCUCUUCAUCUUUGUCUACGCCGUUGAAAUGUGGUUCGCAAUAAUCUUUUCAUCAAUAGUUUUGAAACUGUAACAACGAAACUAUUCAGACUAAAUUAGCACCCCCAUUUAUUUUCUAAUGUUAUGAAAUAUCCUCAGUUUCUGCA